GGAGGAAGGAACCUCACUACCGGGCUUCCUGUUUCUCCGAUUAAGUGCGUCUCUGCGGGAGUAACAAGCCCUCUCCCCAGUGGGCUCCUGGUGGCAGAGCUGCCAGCCCUAACACAGGCACACCUGUGCGAGAGGCAGACACAGACGGGACGAAAGACACAGGCCCAGAGGCUCUGCCCCUUCUGCAGGGGAAGGCCCAGGUCCCUGCCUGCCUCAGCAAGGGCACAAUGAACCAGGGAAUCUCUUGUAGGCACCUGCGCCUGUUGCUGCAACUGGCGCUGCUGCUCCCAGGGAUCACUCAGGGGAUUGAAGUGGUGCUGGGCAAGGUGGGAGACCUAGUGGAGCUGCCCUGCCAAGGUCCUGAGAAGAAGAACGUACUGUUCAACUGGAAGUAUCCUACUGGGAUCAAGAUUUUGGGACGCUCCCCCUGGAAUUCAGGUUUUGUUAAAGGUACCUCCAAGAUGAGCCAGCGCGUCGAUUCAAGAACAUCCCUGUGGGACCAGGGAUCCUUUCCUCUGAUCAUCCGUAACCUUCAGAUGUCAGACACAGGGACUUAUGUCUGUGAAGUGGAGAAUACGCCAAAGAGAACAGUGGAAUUGUGGGUGUUUCGAUUGAAUUCCAGUUCGGACACCUACAGCAACAUCCGCCUGCUGGCUGGGCAGAGCCUGACCUUGACCUUGGAUAACCCCCCUAACAGUCACCCUCAGGUGGAAUGGAAAGGUCCAGGGAAUAAAAAGAAGAGUGAGGACAAGAGCCUCUCCCUGUCCCGGCUGGGGUUGCAGGACAGUGGCUCCUGGACAUGCACUGUCUUCCAGAGCAAGAAGACACUGGUGUUCAACAUAAACAUCUUGGUGCUGGCUUUCCAGAAGGUCUCUAACACAUUCUAUACAAAAGUGGGGGAGCCAGUAGUGUUCUCAUUCCCGCUCACCUUCGAAGACGAAAACCUGAAAGGGGAGCUGACGUGGCAGGAGGAGGGGGCUCCCUCCCUUCAGUCCUGGGUUACCUUCUCCUUGGAGAACAGGAAGGUGUCUGUGAUGAAGAAUCGUCAAGUCCGGAAGAUCCAGGUGAAGGAGACGCUCCCCCUCCAGUUCAGCCUGCCCAAGGCCUCACCUCAGGACGCUGGUUCUGGAAACCUGACCCUGUCUCUCAGGCAGGGGCAAUUGCAUCAGAAAGUGAACCUCGUGAUGAUGAGAAUGAAUGAGUCCCAGGACCAAUUGACCUGUGAGAUGCUGGGUCCCAGCCCCCCCAAGCUGAGGCUGAGCUGGAGGCUGAACAACCAGUCUGCAAAGUUCUUAAGUCAGCAGAAGCUGGUAAAGGUGCUGAACCCUGAGGCGGGUGUGUGGCAGUGUCUACUGAGUGACAACAGCAAAGUUCUACUGGAAUCCAAGGUCGAGGUUUCGUCUUCAGCAUUAACCCAGGCCUGGCCAAAGCUCCUGGCCAUCGUGCUGGGGGCGAUUGCAGGCUUUCUGAUUUUCACUGGGUUCUGCAUCUUCUGCUGUGUCAGGUGCUGGCGCCAAAGGCGCCAGGCAGAGCGGAUGUCUCAGAUCAAGAGACUCCUCAGUGAGAAGAAGACCUGCCAAUGCCCCCACCGGUUACAGAAGACACGUCAUCUCAUCUGAGGCUCUGGGCCUGGGAGAGCUUCCCACGUGCAGCCUCCCCAGCCGUCUACCCUGCGUUUCCUGUUGGGCUCCUGGGCCUGCGGACCAGAUGAAUGUAGCAGAUCCCAGCGCCUCUGGCGUCUCCUGCUCUUUGUCCACAGUUGGCCAUUGGGUCUCCUCUUCCAGAGGCUUACUCACCUCGCUGCUGCCUCGUUCCCUAUGCAGUCAAACCCUAGCCCUUCUUUCAUGAUUUCUUCUCAACUCUCUCCCUCACGGCCCACUUGGAUCCCAGGGGGGCACGAAGGACCAGCCCUCCCUGGCCUGGUGUGUGAGGCUGGGUGUCUGAAGCACGAAGUACAGGAAAGAAACUUGGGACCAGAGAGGGCAGGGACUAGUCAAAGGUCACACAGCCAGUCAAGGACAGAUCCAAUGUAAAGGCUCCUGACUGCUCCACUGUUCCAUUCUGAUACACACCCAUAUGUACAGUUCACACUUGUGCACAGACACAAUUCCUGAUCACCCAAGCAACACACUCAGUUUAUAAACCAGUUUGACAUGCUUUGUCUAUUUAAAGCUGAGAAAAAUCCUAGGAGGCUGGUGGUGACAGGACCACAAUUAGCAUCUCCAGUUUAUAGACCAGAAAUGAAUUCAGAGAGGUCAUAUGAUUGCCCAAGGUCACAAAACUAGUAAGUGCUGUGCUGAGUCAGGACCAGCCCCAACGGCCUGACCCCUAGUUCUACUGCUGUUUUCUGAACAAUGGAACAAUUACCACAUAGAUCUCUGAGCUGGUGAGUCACCGAUGCCCAGUAUGUACCUUAGGAUUCACGGGAGCGUUACAGCACAGGGAGGCCUGCCUCAGGGAGGUCAAGAACACACGGAGAACAGCCUCCCUGCCUAAAAUCCUCCCUUCACCACCUGCUGGAGGCAGAAUCCUGUUUCCACAGGACAAAACCUGCAGCUCUUCCAAGGAGAGCACCGGCUGGGGGGGCAGGCCCUGUGGGAGAGGGUACCCAGCGACCCACCACUCACCCUGUGAAGAACCUUCUGGAGGGUGAGCUUGGCCAGGGGGAGGGAGCAGGACAUAGGCUUGAGAGCGCACAGCUGAGAGGCCCUCCUGUGAAGGAUGACAGUGCUGGGCCUCAGUCCCCCUGCCCUGCAUGCUCCUGCACAGGAAAAUUAAGGGUACCAGCAUUCUCCCUCUUCUUCUCAAUCCAGCUGUCUCAGGAAUCCCCAGCCUCCUCUACCUCUCCUUCCAUUCUCUUCUCACCAUCCUCCUCAGUCUCUAUGACCUUUCUUUCUCUCCCUUUCUUUCAAGCCUCGUCCAAGAAGAACACCCAAUUGCUGCCAGAGCUCCCCAUUGCUUGCUUUGUAUUCCUGCCACUUCCAAUCCCUAAAUCCCUGAGCUGACAGAAAAAUACAGUAAACUUACUAUAAA